GAUGCUUUCUCCCCCAAUAAUCUCUCUCUCAGCACAACAGCUUGUAGUCGUAGUGUAGUGUUAGAUGCAGCGCUUACAGGCAGCUUUACUCCACUUUUAAUCUUUUACAAGCUUGUUAGAGUAAAGAAACAUAUGACUCCUUGGAAUAAUUGCUAAUUUAACUUUUUUAUUUUUGACUCAAGUGACCAUGAGUAAGGUUGCAGCUCUGCAGAAAAAGAGAAAAGAUUUUAUACCAUACUUUCUAGGGUUUGUAAUAUUUUUGUAUUGCACCGUCCAUCUUGUGUCAUUUACAGCAAAAACAGCUCAGGAAACCCACUCUGCCAGGGUGCGUCGGGCUCUGGAGAAUGAGACAGAGUGCAUCUCACCACAGUCCUCCGAGUUUCCUGACGGCUUCUUCACGGUGCAGGAGAGGAAGGAUGGAGGCCUCGUCAUUUAUUUCAUGCUCAUUUUCUACAUGCUUCUGGCUGUCGCGAUAGUCUGCGAUGAUUACUUUCUGCCAUCAUUAGAAGUGAUCAGUGAACGUCUGGGUCUGUCUCAGGAUGUAGCAGGAGCCACAUUCAUGGCAGCUGGGAGCUCUGCACCUGAACUGGUCACAGCUUUUCUGGGUGUGUUUGUGACAAAGGGAGACAUCGGGGUCAGCACCAUCGUGGGAUCAGCAGUCUACAACCUGCUAGGAAUCUGCGCUGCGUGUGGACUCUUGGCCUCCAUGGCCGGGCGCCUCACCUGUUGGCCACUGUUCAGGGACUGCCUGGCAUAUGGCAUUAGUGUAUCUGCUGUUAUUGCCAUCAUCUCUGAUAACAAAGUGUACUGGUACGACGCUGCCUGUCUGCUGCUGGUCUACGGCGUCUACAUCGUGGUUCUGUGCUUUGACCUUCGCAUCAGCGAGUUUGUCCUGAGGAAGCUGAGCCCCUGCUGCACCUGUCUGGGUAAAGGACCUGGUGAGAAGACUGAGAUACAGCCUCUGAUGGGCUGGAGCGAUGAAACCAGUCUGCGAGUCCACAGUCGCUCCAGAACAGACAGCGGGAUCUUCCAGGACGACUCUGGAUACUCUCACCUGUCCCUCAGUCUGCAUGGGCUCAAUGAGAUUCCUGAAGAGCAUAAAAGUGUGUUUGCAGUGCCGGAGAGCGACCUAAAGCGGAUCCUCUGGGUUUUAUCUCUGCCCAUCAUCACUCUGCUUUUCCUGACCAUCCCUGACUGCAGGAGAAGGUUCUGGAAGCACUGGUUCAUGAUUACCUUCUUCAUGUCCGCUGUCUGGAUCUCAGGUUUCACAUACAUACUGGUGUGGAUGGUCACUGUUGUCGGUGAGACCCUCGGCAUCCCUGACACAGUUAUGGGACUCACUCUGCUUGCUGCUGGAACCAGUAUACCUGACACCGUGGCCAGUGUGAUGGUGGCCAGAGAAGGGAAAGCUGACAUGGCCAUGUCCAACAUUGUGGGCUCUAAUGUUUUCGACAUGCUGUGCCUGGGCCUGCCUUGGUUCAUCAAGACUGCCUUUGUGGACACCAACAACCCCGUAGAGGUCAACAGCAGCGGACUGGUCUUCAUUUCCGCCACGCUCCUCCUUUCCAUAGUCUUCCUUUUCGUCGCUGUGCACAUAAACGGAUGGAGGCUGGACUGGAAGUUGGGACUAGUUUCUCUUUUCUGCUACAUUCUCUUCGCCACUCUGUCCAUCCUGUAUGAGCUGGGGAUUAUAGGGAAUAAUCCUAUAAGGCUGUGCAGUGACUGAGGUCUGACCCCUCCAGGACUGAAGCCAUAUUUUCAAACUGACACUCAAAACAACAGUCCAAAAACACAAUGUAAAUCUGCAAAUGUCACAACGAGGAA